AUGAGUACUAAGCAUUUCUUCCCCCAUAGCGAGGGUGUUGUCGUUCAAGGCUUGGACUCGCUGGUUGCUAGGAACAGCCAUCUCGCCCUCGAUGCUCCGAACAAAGUUGUCUAUUCGAAGACACACCAUCCUUCCAAGGUCACGGUGAUUUCAGGAGGAGGCAGUGGACAUGAGCCAGCAUGGAGCGGCUACGUAGGCGACGGUCUACUGGCAGCGGCGGUCAAUGGCGAGGUCUUUGCCAGUCCUUCCACGAAGCAAGUCAUGGCAGCAAUCAAGCACGUACCCUCAGAUGCCGGCAUCAUCCUCUGCAUUACGAACUACACUGGCGACAACCUGCACUUUGGCUUGGCAAGAGAGAAGGCUGCAGGAAUGGGAUACAACGUCGGGAUACUUCGAAUGACAGAUGAUGUUGCUUUGGGGAGGAAACAGACUGAGAACACCGGGAGGAGAGGGUUGGCUGCGAACAUGUUCGUUCUCAAGCUUUGUGGAAGUGCUGCAGAGGCUGGAUAUGACUACGACAAGUGCAUGAAGAUUGGCCUUUCGGUCAAUGCCAACGCAGUCACUGUUGGAUCGUCUUUGGACCAUUGCCAUAUCCCUGGACGAGAACACCAUCGAUCAGUUCCGCAAGACACGUAUGUGUUGGGAAUGGGCAUCCACAAUGAGCCAGGACUCCACGAGAUUUCACCCAUACCACCUGUUGAACAACUUGUUGGCGACAUGCUGAAAUACUGUCUGGACCCCAGCGACAAGGACCGAGCUUUCGUCGAGUUCAAGCAAGACGACGUAGUUGCUCUCUUGAUCAACAACUUUGGCGGCAUGUCAAACUUUGAGCUUGAGGCUCUCACGAGUGUUUCUCGAAAAGUUCUUGAGCGCGACUGGAAGAUUUCACCCAAACGAAUCUAUGCCCAAACUUUCGAAUCAUCUCUCAACGCUCCUGGCUGGUCUAUCUCAUUGCUCAACAUAUCAGGUAUUGAGCGGGAAACGAAGACGACGAUCAACACUCUCCUACCCUUGCUCGAUAUGGAGACAACAGCUCCCUCGUGGCCGCGAAACGGCUACAGAGAUAUUGAACCUGUAAAAGAGAAGGCGCAGUUGGCGAAUGAUGGAGGAGCGGAUGAGGUGGCCCAGAAAGGUCCCAAGGUAGAUCCAACGCUUUUGGACUCAGCCUUGAGGACAGCCUGCAACGCAGCGAUCAAGGCUGAACCUGACAUCACCAAGUGGGAUAUCCAGAUGGGAGAUGGAGAUUGCGGCGAAGCUGUCGUCGGCAUGUGUCAAGGUGUGUUGAAGAAGCUCGACGCUGGCCUGACCAAGGACGGCUCAUUCUUCCACAUUCUGGACGAAGUCGGUGAGGCAGUCGAGGAGAUUGGUGGAACGCUUGGUGCCAUCAUCAGCAUCAUCCUGGCAUCCUUCACAACGAAUCUGCGUCAGGCGUACUCGAAAAAUGAGAGCAGUUUCGCGAUAGACACGAAGAGCGCGAGCCAGGCAGCUGGGGCUGCGUUGAACAACCUGAUGGGCUAUACAAGUGCCAGAGUAGGUGGGAGGACAGUCAUGGAUACUCUGAUCCCCUUCUGCCAGACAUUGGAGAAGGAUGUCGAUUUGGCCAAGGCUGUGGAUGCUGCAGAGGAAGGUGCAAAUGGCACGUCUGGCAUGAAGGCGAAGUUUGGACGAGCAACGUACGUGGGAGACAAGGGCGAAGCUCAGGACAAGCCCCCAGAUCCAGGGGCUAUGGCUGCAGCAAUCUUCUUACGCGGGCUGUUGGACGGGAUGAAGAAGUGA